GGGAGUCAGGAGAGACGGAGCCCAGCCCGCCAGCACCGCGCUGCACAACCCAGCUCAGCCACUUGAAGAGGCAGGGGAGGGGAGACACUAGCGCACAUAACCAACGCUGCAGUGCACGCACACACACACACAGACGCACAGACAAACACUCCUCCUCUCCCUCUCUCUCUACCUCCCUCUCUCUCUCUCUCUCUCUCUGGUGCUCAGCUCUGCACAGCUCCUCCACUCAUUCGCUGCUGAUUCACUGGCUUGCCUCCUCUGCCAGUCGCUCUGCCUCGCUGUGUUCUGCCUGCCUGCCUGAGAAUGGUCCAGCCGGUGCCUGGGGGUCUGCUGUCGCGGCCUGUCUGAAUACACGCGUUCACGUAGAGAGCCAGCCGACACGCGGAAGCACACACACACACACUGGAGAGCAAUGUGAGAGAGGAAGUGCCUUCCCUGAUGUCUGCUGCAGCUUUGACCUGCUUCUACAGCUGAAGCUCCACCCCGCCCCCCGCCUCGCUCGCUUGCUGCCACAGUAACACGAGUGCAAGGACAACAACCACACCCUCCUCGCAGCCCGCGCACCAACGGCCCAUCCGCCCCCGCCACCAUCCAGCCUCUCCUCACCCGACGGCCCUGCCGCCCAGAGCUCCACAGCAGCAGCAGCAGCAGCAGCAGCAGCACGCCCCCAGGCCACGCAGCAUCUCACCCACCUGCCUUUCACCUUGGCCUUCAGCCCUCGGAGCCUCCACUCACUCCUCAGUGUCCUUAACCUUCCUGUACAGCAGGCUACACCCAGACUGUCACCUUCGUUGCCUGUUCCACUGCGCCGACGGCGACCGGUUCGGCCCCACGGUCUGUUUGCCACUUUAGCUUCGAGGAAUGUUGUAGGUGAGAACUUUGAGUAAGCAAUAAACGGCGAGCCAGAGAAAUCGAGCCCCGAUAAUUGGUGUCCUGGAUGUAAUCACUCUGUUGGGGGAAAUGAUCCAUUGACCUUCAAAACGAAACGUCGUCCAGCAACAUUUCACUUCGGAGAAGGAGCCGUCUCAAUCACUAGAAGCGUUUCCUUCUGAAUGUGCCACAGACAGUAACCGCACCAACGACAACACCCAGAAAAGCUCUUAGUGGUGGAUUAACGACACCAGAGGCGCUUCACCCGCUCCCCAGCACAUUUGGUUUCGGUGGAAUACCCUUCGCCAGGACCUCGCCAUGGCGGUCAACCUAACGCACAUCCGCGACACAAAGUGGCUGACACUGGAAGUAUGUCGGGAGUUCCAGCGCGGCACGUGUUCACGCUCCGACCAGGAGUGCAAGUUCGCUCAUCCGGCCAAGAGCUGCCAGGUGGACAACGGGCGGGUCAUCGCCUGCUUCGACUCGCUGAAGGGCCGUUGUUCCAGGGAGAACUGCAAGUACCUGCACCCCCCUCCCCACCUAAAGACCCAGCUGGAGAUCAAUGGCAGGAACAAUCUGAUCCAGCAGAAGAACAUGGUCAUGCUGGCCCAGCAGAUGCAGCUCGCCAACGCCAUGAUGCCCGGCACACAGCUCCCACCCAUGCCCAUGUUCUCGGUGACGCCGGGCCUGGCCACCAACGCCAGCGCAGCGGCGGCCGCCGCGGCCGCGGCCUUUAACCCCUACCUAAGCCCGGUGUCACCGGGCCUGAUGCCGCCGGAGAUCCUGCCCAGCACCCCCGUCCUCAUGGCCUCCAGCCCCGCCGUCAGCCAAGUCCCCAACGCCGCCGCUGCCGCCGCCCAGAAACUGCUGAGAACAGACAGACUCGAGGUGUGUCGGGAGUACCAAAGGGGGAACUGCUCUCGGGGGGAGAACGACUGCCGCUUCGCCCACCCCGCAGACAGCACCAUGAUCGACACCAAUGACAACACGGUCACCGUGUGCAUGGACUACAUCAAAGGCCGCUGCUCCCGGGAAAAGUGCAAGUACUUCCACCCGCCGGCUCACCUGCAGGCCAAAAUUAAGGCAGCGCAGCACCAGGUGAACCAGGCCACAGCCGCCGCGGCCAUGACUCAGUCGGCUGUCAAAUCACUGAAGCGACCCCUCGACGCAACCUUUGACCUGGGCAUCGCCCCUAGUGUCAUGGCUCCGCUGCCAAAGCGGGCAGCCCUGGAGAAGGCUAACGGGGCCUCUGCCGUGUUUAACACCGGCAUGCUUCAGUACCAACAGGCCCUGGCCAGCAUGCAGUUUCAGCAGCAGGCUGCUUUCCUCCCAUCAGGCUCAAUAUUGUGCAUGACACCUGCAGCAAGCGUUGUUCCCAUGAUGCACGGUGGUAGUCCAGCCACUGUGUCUGCAGCCACCACAUCUGCCACAAGCGUUCCCUUCGCAACUGCCUCCACCAAUCAGGACUCUUCCUUAUCAAAGUUGACUACCAACGAAUACAUGCAAUUGAUUCCAAUAAUAUCUGCAGAUCAUCUGAGUAGUCACAAGUACUUGACUCAAAUGUAGUUCCUCUGGAGAACAAUCAAAUGAAUGUGUGCUGGCACCGUCCACGCCAAAAGAGUUCAGCCUUUAUGUACAUAACCUUCAGAAUGUCAAGCAAUGGGACAAGGAGGGUCUGCCAUCUCUUAGCCGGUCCACCACGACGGUCUCAUCACACGAGCAAAACAUCAAGGGUACAACACGCGACGUGUGCCAUCCUCCCACAUAUCAGCACCGAUCAGGAGUCUGGUGUCAAAUCAACAUCCAGCUGAGAGGGAAGAGGAAGCCUCUGUCUGAUUGAAUCAUAGUGCUCACUUUGUUCUGAUUAUUAUCAUUACUGCAUGCUCAGAAGGUCAAGAGCGUUGUUACACGAGACAACAUCCAGUGCUGGUACGUUAGUAGACCAAGAUUUAUCUUUCCUUUAUUAUUUCUUCUGCUUUAUCUCUUCUUUAUAAAUGAAAAAUCGAUAGCCAUAUUUCAUCGUUUACAAGUGAAAUGCAAACACGCACCUUGAAUUUGAAUUGAAAUCUGAAAGGCACAAUGAUUUUACCAGGAAUUUUAUCAGCCAAAAGAAUUAGGCGUGUACAGUAUUGUGUUUUUACUGCUACUAGUAAGACUAGAUGUUGAAAUGAGGGUCUUGGACAUAUGAAUGUUCUGGGUAAACCAACAUACCUGUGUACCUUGAAAGCACAGCCAGGCGAGCUCCUUCUCAUCACGUCAUGUGCCACCGAGGCCGUACAGCUACAACCAGAGUGUUAUCUCAGCAGUGUUAUUUGUUUACCGAAGGUAGAAGUUUUCUAUGGCUCUCUUUUGUAUUAUUUUGUUUUCCAUUGUGAGUGUUUUUUUUUUUUUUUAAUCAGUUUUAGAAGUUGGGUUCUCACCAAAUUUAUUAAUAUUUUUUUGUUUUUGUAGUUUUGAAAUCAUAAGUGGAGGGUUGUGUGUUUUUUUUUCUCUCUCUAAAGUUUGUCGUACCUCUUUUCGUAGACGAGUGUUGUUUUUGUUUGUUGGGAUGACGUUGUUGAUCAAGUCCAUUGACUCUGAAGCCUGGUGAAGCGGAGCGUGGUGUUACCCUGUCAAACUGUGUUGGUGGGAAUCCCGGACAUAAAGGUCUAAUAGGUCAUUGAAGCCACACGUGCACUUGAACCAUUCUGUCUCUCACCUCCUUUGUGUUUUCGCCUCCCAUCCUAACGUGAACUCUCGUCCUGGAGGAGGCGCGUUAGCGUCCACGUGUAGAUCCGACUGCAAAUACCAAAGCACAGUUUUCUCCCUUCUCAGCGUCUUCUCACAGAAGCAUCUCUUUCAGAGGCUCAAACAAUUAAGGAAGCAUGUUAAUCAUCCUUCAGUCAUCACUUCCUGUUUUUAUUAGUUCACAUAGCGUGUCUUUACCGAUUGUAAUGUACCUAACGAAGCCUUAGAUUACAGUCAAAUGGACUUUCAAUCACCGUGCAGGUAAAGAGCACCAAUGAUGUUUUCUAGUUCUCACAGGCGACGCUUUAUGAUUUGUUUUUCUGUUUCUCUCUGUAAAAGUAACAAUUACUCUCUUAAAACUUCAUUGAACUUAUGUGUUAUGUACUACUUAAGGAUUUGAAUCUAUUUGAGGUAUGUAGUUUUAGACUUUUUUUUUGCCUUACUAUAUAUUACUUGACAACAUUGAUAUAGCCGUUGUAGAUGUUGAGGUAGUAUGACAUUCAUAACUUUUUCAAACCAUAUAAAUGAAAUGAUAAUGUGUUAGUUUUAAAUAUUCACUUCAUUCAUAUAGCUGGAUGUCUUUUUUUCAGUUGUCACAUAUAAUUGUGUUGAUGAAACCUUUUCUUUUUUUUUUUUUUUGAUACAAAGAAUGAGAUGAAUAAUCCCGCUGCCGCCCGCAGCGCCUCUUUUAACUUUAAUUCUCCUGGUAACAUGUCAACACCAUGUUUGAAAGUACUAUAUUGUAUUGAGAUCUAGAUUGUCCAUGUUUUAGAGUAAAAAUUAUUUUCUACUGUAUCCAUUUCAAGAAAAGAAAAAAAAAGAUAAUGUAUUUUUGUUUGAAUAUUUCUUAAGUUUGCCCUGAAUGUCAGGCCAAAACGAGCAGUUGACGGGUGUUUGGAUGUGUGGUGGAGAGUGAAGCGAAGACUCCUCCGGUCUGGACGAGUCCGAAAUGCUGCAGAGAAUGAGUUCUAACCUAAGGGACGAAGGUUGACUUUUUGCACUUCUGUAUAUAGUCAAAUGAACAGAGAAAAAAAUGUGUAUCAUAUUGAGAUAUUAUUUUGAAUAAAAAAAAGAUCUAUAAUUAUAAGGAAUUUUGUUAGAUUAAUUUAAAUUCUUAAAUUAGAAGACCAGCUGAAAAACAAAAAAAAAAAAUGCUUGCAAAGAAGGGCACUAGUUUCUUGGCCAAUGCAUUCAGAGAAAGCUAUGCGCUUUUUGUCUUCUUUUCUAAAGUGGCUGGUGUAUUGCCAGGGAAUGUUGUCGGGGAGCAGACGACCCCGCGUCACGCUAACUUCACCCCCGCCCGGGACGACACGUCCUCUAAAGGUCCACCACCCGUUUGAUGGACUUGGUCACGCAGUAUUGCUGCUCCCAUGGUACAGUUCAAACAGCAAUCUAUCGGAAAAAUGUAUAUUCUCUUCUAAGUUUGAUUUGACUGCAUGUUAAAUACAAAAGAAACCGCGUAGAUAUGUAAGGAAAGAGACCGGCGUCGGACUACAGAGUUUUUGUUCUCGUCAAAUGAUGCAUUCAGUAGAUCCCAUCCACAGCGGGGAGGAGUAAUACCUUCAGAGAAGUCACCUUACUCUUGUGUGAUUCAGAUAUUUUCCGAGCAGACAUGUUAUUUAAAGAAGGAUGAGACCUCGGCGCUCAUCCAGCCCAGAUGCGUCCUCACAGCCAUAUGUUUACCGCCCACGCUGACUGGCGAGCGGUCGCUCCUGCUGCCAUAGCUGUGCACUCAGCAGGUGAAGGCUCACCGCACCAAACGCUUGAUUGGCAAAUUAGUCCUGGAAAUGAAUGUAAGAGCGGCGGCUCGACGUGGAGGCUGCUGUGUAUAGUCGCUACAGAACCAAAGCACCAUUUUGUCCAAACCAGACUCUCUGUGUCUCUCUUCCCUGCUGGGCGCACAUGUUCGCUUUCACUGCUUCUUACUUGUAAGUGCACCCACCGAUUAUGUAUUCGCUAACAGUCGCCACACAAUAACGUACUAUUGUCUUCAGAUUUGUUUAUGCACAGUUUAUCGUUGCCAUAAUUGACUCUUGCUGUAUGGAUGAAAAAAAAAAUCUGAAUAAAACAACAUUUGAUUUGCUCAUGCA